CUCUCCUCUCUUCUUCACUUUUCCAGUGCCUCUGAAACUCAUUUAAUGAUUAGAGUAUUGAGUUUGCGCUUUGUCUGCAAUCGGCAGCCAAUCGUGUCAACCACUCUAUGAUAGCCCACAUACAGAGUGUGUCUUAUACUGUGUUUGUGAUCCGCGGCUCCCAUUUACACGACGAUAUGGCUGUUGUUGUCAUCACCGAAACACAUCUGACAGCAGACCAUCACAUGUCUCAUUCAUCCACCAUCUAAUCACAACCCCAGACCCAUCAUAUGACCAUUGAGUCCAACAGAAUGGGAGAACAGCCCAUCUUCACGACAAAAGCGCACGUCUUCCACAUCGAUCCGCAGACCAAGAGGUCAUGGAUUCCGGCCAGUGUUCAGGCCGUCAAUGUUUCCUUCUUUUAUGAUUCAAAUCGCAACUUAUAUAGGAUUAUAAGCGUCGAAAAUGCCAAGGCUGUCAUUAAUAGCACAAUAACUCCAAACAUGACUUUCACAAAAACAUCACAAAAAUUUGGUCAGUGGUCUGAUAUUAGGGCCAACACUGUAUACGGUUUGGGGUUUGCAUCAGAACCUGAAUUAAAUAAGUUUAUAGAGAAGUUUCAAGAAGUCAAAGAAGCGACCAGAAGUGCGGCCCAACAGAAGGCAUACCCGAACGGGUCUAUCAUUAAUACAAAUGCAAAUCAAACAACAAAUAAUCGCGAAUCGACUCAAAACAAUGACUUAGCCAACGAAGAGAUAAACAGAGGAUCUAACAGCCAAUUAGAUCCACCCAUUAGUGUAACGCUUCCUCUUCAUAAUAAUGAACACAAAGGAUCACUUGUGGCCCACCAAAGGAGUCAAAGUCUGUCCGGACUUCAGGCCAAUAAAUUGCUUACGGAGAGUCCUAAAUAUUCACAUAAGGAUACAAAGUCAAUGGGCUCGACAACACUACCGCAGUCAUCAACGGAAGCUCAGCUCAAAUAUGAAAACGAUAGACUCAAACUAGCACUCGCACAAAGUUCAACAAAUGCCAAAAAAUGGGAAAUAGAAUUACAAACAUUGAAGAGUAAUAAUACAAGACUGACGAACGCUCUGCAAGAGUCCACCGCCAAUGUCGAGGAAUGGAAGAGACAAUUGCAGACAUUGAAAGAAGAAAAUGGAAAAAUGAGACAUAAGUUGCUUGAAGUUGAAGUGAGUAAUGGCAAUACUGAUGCCAUGAACGAACUGAGCAAAGAAAUGGCUAAUUUAAGUGCAAGGGCUGAACAUUUAGAUUCAGAAGUUAAACAAAAAGAUAAAGAAAUGGAACAAAUGAGGAAACGACUCGAUGAACAAAACCAUAUAUACAGCACAUCCCAUAAAGUGGACGACAAACUUAAGGCAUUACUUUAUGAAAACGAGAAUCUCCGGAGUCAACUGAAUCGGAUUCACGACCAAAACGACAACAAUAAGGUGACAGAUAAGACACGACAGGGAUUUCUGGAACAGUUGAACAAAAGAUUAGCUCAAAAUAUUCAAGAACUGCGACAAAUUCAACAAGAAUUUGCACAAUUGUUGAACACUUCCUGAUUUUGUGGCCAAAUAUUAUUAUUACAAUUAUUAUUACACAAACUAAACAAAUAAUUGAAGAAAAAAAC